GACGUCAGGGAUGUUUUGCUAACUGUUAGCUUCUGCAGCUAGUUUUAUCUUCCAGUUGGAUUAUCCUGUUUCUUCCCAGUUGCGACUGUUAGCUCACUUCUUAUUACCAAUAUACGUAAAUGUUAGACUUUUAGACAAACUGAACCAUGAACGGUAGUACAAACCCGCUGCUGGACAAAGAGGAGCAUGUUUUGAAGCUCGGAGAAAGCUUUGAGAAGAGGCCAAAAUCUUCCUUUCACACCAUCCGAUAUGACUUCAAACCAGCAUCGAUUGACACCAGCUGUGAAGGGAAGCUACAGGUCGGAAAAGGAGAUGAAGUUACAAUAACGUUACCUCAUAUUCCAGGCUCCACACCUCCAAUGACAGUAUUUAAAGGAAACAAGCGACCGUAUCAAAAGGAUUGCGUGCUCAUCAUUAAUCAUGACACGGGCGAAUUUGUACUGGAGAAGCUCAGCAGCAGCAUCCAGGUUAAGAAAACAAGAGCGGAGGGCAGCAGUAAGAUCCAGGCUCGGAUUGAGCAGCAGUCGGUUCGUUCCAGCCAGCCCGGCUCUCAGUUCCGAGCCCCAACCAAGCCGGGAACUGGGAUCAAAACAUCCCCAUCCCCAUCUAAGGACAACCCCUCUCCAGAGCCUCAGCUGGACGACAUUAAGAGAGAGCUGCGGGCAGAGGUGGAGAUGAUUGAACAGAUGAGCAGCAGCGGCAGCAGCAGCUCCUCAGACUCAGCCAGCUCCUCGGGGAGCGGCGACGACAGCAGCAGCAGCGACGGCGAGGGCGAUGCUCCCCGGCCGCUCAGCCAGAACUCCCCCAGCCGCAACCCCAUGGCCAACGGAGGGAUGGAGCGCCAGCAGGGCAACAACCAGCUCAUGAACACACUUCGAAAUGACCUUCAGCUCAGUGAAUCGGGCAGCGACAGUGACGAUGACUGAACUCUUUGGGUCAGUCUCCACCCCCUCCUCCUGCCCCUCCUUUUCUCUACCUGGUUCUCUUGCCCCUUUGCUGUGAUAAUUGACCUUAUGUUUUGAAUCAUGGUUUUAACUGUGCUGUUUUUUAUUUGAUUAUAUUUUAGUACGUCCUUUUAAUGUAUUGAAGAAAAACUCUAGUUUUACCUGAAAAGCUUAGAAGAUUAUAUAUAUUAGUGCUCAUACAUAUUUUCGUUACUGAAGGAAGCUAGUUUUAUUUACUGGUUUCAUCUAUUUUUGAUGGAUUUGUUUGGUGAGGGAAGCUACAGAGGUAUUAUUCAGAUAAUAUGUAGACAUUUUGGUGCAAAUCUGUUUGUAAAGAUUUAGCAUCUUCUCUUUUGUCUGGACAAAAAAGCAAGAUUCUUGUUUAAAUUUCUAUUUUAACAACUUCUUGUGCAUUUCACCCUGCAGCACAUUCCAAAAUAGGCUUAGAGACGGGUUAAAAAAUGAAAAAUCUGGUGAUGAAAAGUGGAAUAAUGACUUCCUGCACACAGAGGCUUGAAUAUCAUUGGCAUCAAAGACGAGAAUAAGUUCCUCUUAUAAUUGCUUAGAUAUUCUAGAGUUCCUCAGAAAAAGGCAUUUUAAAGGGAAAUCAUGAAAUUUAUUUGGAGAAAAAUUUAAAUCCUUAUAUUCAUUUGAAAAAUAAAACAGUUUUCCUCCAAAUUUAAAAUUUGUCCCAAAAAAAGCUUAUGUUUCAAGUAAGUUUAAAACUUUUUGCAAAAACAGCAACAUAAAAGUUGUGUGAAAGUAAAACCGUACCACCUUUUAUUUUGGAAUGGUUUACAGCUCUGAAAUGCAUUUAACAAAGGAAAUACAACUGACAGAUUUAGUAAAAAUGCAUAGUUUUGAGUUUUUUAGGAAGAAUUUAGGUUCUGUUUUUUUUAACUCUGCGCUGAAUAUGUGACACAUGAUAAAUGUGUUUUUUGAUGAACAUUACAUUCAUAAAAUGAAAAACCUAUAACAGUAUAGGCUAAAUCUGGAAAAUUAUCUUUCCCUAUAAAUACAAGAGACUUUUUUUGCUUCUUUCGUCGAAAACCAGUCAUAUUCCAGGUUGAUUACAAACAGACAGAUGCAUCAUUUUGCUAAUUUUCCUUUUACCUCACAGUGGCAGUAAAGACUCAAAUAACUGCAAACAAACACAUAGAUUUUAUAUUUUAUAGCAGUUUUACUGAAAGUAUAGUGAACCUGGUGUGGUUUAGCACUUCUAACAAAACCCAGUUGGUGCUUGACUACAAUCCACAUUUCCUGCAUUGAAAAACACUUUUGAUGUCUCAACAAUGUGUGAUCUAAACAUUUGCUUUGUGCUUGGUCAAGAUAAACUAUGACAAGUAAUGAGAAUUAAAAGGAAAGUACCUUGAAGUAAAAAUAUUAAGUCAAAAUCGAAAACGGGAUCAGAAAUGUAGUUAUGCACGUUUUUGUGUUCAAAUGCAGUAUUUUUGGAAAGAUGUCUUACUUUCAUCCCAAAAGUUUCCAUAACUGUGUACCUCUCAAAGCCUUACAGCAUUACAUUGAAAAGACAAACAAGAGUGAAUGUUUUAUCUUAAAAAAACAAAACAAAAAGCCAAAGACAUGACAUUUUUGUCCUGACAGGUGUGUAGUGUUGUGUCGGCGUGUCACCGUGUGUAACUAUACUCUUUCAGUGUAAACAAUGCUAACGUCUGUGAUUUUAUCUGCUGACAUUUCUCACUGUUUUUUUUUUUUCACAGAAUAACUCAAGUUUAAUUGUAAAUUGUAGUUAAUCACAACUUAACAUGAUUUUUUUUUUCCUUAGGCAGUUUUAUUUGUUUUUUUCCCCAACCAUCCAAAAUAUUAGAAGAAACAAAACCUAAGCUAAAAUAACAGGUUGGAAGUGUUGGAAAGGUAAAUGUUGUACACCUUUGUCAGAACAUACUUACCCUACAUUUUAUUAUUGCUGUAAAAAAUGUAUUUGAGCCUUUUGUCUGCAAAAUGAAGUUUUCCACUCAUCAACCUACCAUUGAUACUCGUGUUUCAGAGAAAAAAACUGUAAAAAAAAACGUUGUUUUCUUUUGCAAGUUCCUGUUUUGAGUGUUUACCUGUAAGUACGGCGUGUUUGUGAUCCUUUCAUUGUAGCUGUGCUCAUCUCCGGACGCACAUUUAUGGAAAAUGUUCUUUUCAUUGUGGAAGAGACUGUAGCCGAAUACGGUUGUCUGCAACUUGACAUACCUAACAUGUAAACAGGGAAAUAUUUCACAUGCAUAGCAUGAGGUUCAAGUAUUAUUUCGGAACUAUUUUCCUGGAUCGACAUGAAAGACACAUGGGAAAAUACGAUGGUGGCAAAAUUGCCUACUUACAGAUGAUGUUAAAUUCUAGAAAUUUAAAAAAAAGCAAGUCUAUAAAUAAAUAACUGUUGCAUUGCAGAAA